UCCGCUCACACGUCACUGACUGCUGUCGAGAACGCGCGUGGGUCGCGUGCACGUCAUUAUGAACUGCGCUGGCUUUGGGGUGUUGUGAAUAAAUUCUUCGUUUUUUGGACCAGCGUUUAUUUAGCCUUAUGUUUUAGUGAACCUAGCGGUUAAACAGAGAGAGAGAGAGAGAGAGAGUCGACACAACAAGAAAAAUGAAUGAGCCCGAGGGACUGCGGUUCAGGAGGUUAAACAGACCUCAAAUAAUUACUGACGAAACCCAUGAACCCCAGUACAAAAACACAAGCACUUACAGUGGGAAGGUGUUUCGUGUGACGUUACUCUCACUGGUGGCUUUCCUGCUUUUCCCACUGCUGGUCCUUAUUUUCCUGAUUGAUUCUCCCAUUCAACCAGAGGCCUUCAGUCUCAAUGAACCGCCUCUUAUGACUGGCUGUUACGAGCCCAACCUGAAACUCAGACAGGCAGAGCGACUGUUCGAGGAGCGGCUCAUCGGCCCAGAAUCCCUUGCCAAUAUUGGAGAUGUUUUGUACACUGGGACGGCUGAUGGAAAGAUAGUCAAAAUCGAGGGAAAGAACAUUCAUGUAUUAGCAACACUUGGCAAGCCACCAUGUGGCUCUCAUGAGCAUGAACACACUUGUGGACGUCCUCUGGGAAUCCGCGUGGGACCCAAUGGCACCUUGUUUGUCACUGAUGCCUAUUUGGGACUGUUUGAGGUCAACCCUGUCACAGGUGAGGUACAAUCUCUGGUGAGCACAGGGAAGAUGAUCGGUGGUCGACGUCUGGGCUUUGUGAAUGAUCUGGAUGUUACUCAGGAUGGGAAAAAGGUGUACUUCACUGAUUCCAGCAGCAGGUGGCAGCGCAGAGACUUCAUGCACCUGAUCAUGGAGGCCACAGCAGAUGGACGUGUGCUUGAGUACGAUACAGAGAGCAAGGAAGUUUCCGUGAUGAUGGAGAACCUGAGGUUUCCUAACGGCAUCCAGCUCUUCCCUGAUGAGGAGUCUGUUCUAGUGGCUGAAACCACAAUGGCGAGAAUAAGGAGAGUUCACGUUUCUGGCCUCAAUAAAGGAGGAAUGGAUACCUUUAUAGACAACCUCCCGGGAUUCCCUGACAACAUUCGACGCAGUUCUUCAGGAGGAUACUGGGUGGCCAUGUCUGCUGUGCGACCCAACCCCGGCUUCUCUAUGCUGGACUUCCUGUCUCAAAGACCCUGGAUAAAGAAGUUCAUAUUUAAGCUCUUCAGUCAAGAAACUCUGUUGAAGUUUGUGCCGCGCUACAGCCUGGUGGUAGAGCUCCAGGACGGUGGGACGUGCGUUCGUAGCUUUCACGACCCGCACGGCAUGGUGGCGGCCUACAUCAGCGAGGCACACGAGUACAACGGCUACCUGUAUCUGGGCUCCUUCCGCUCCCCUUAUCUGUGCAAGCUGGAUCUGAGCAAAGUGUGAAACAUGCCAGAGAACACGUCACAAUCCUGACAGAUGCUCAGCUUGAGUCAUUUCACUGUGGCUUCCAAACAGAUCCCGAAGCAAUUAACACAAGAACACUUAUCAAAUUCUUCCAUAUUAUACCAAACACAGUCCCUUCAUUUUAUCCCAUCCUCUUUAUUUAGGUCUGACAGAUGCCUGUUUUUGUUCCAUUAACCUGUGGUGGGUGACUUUCUUUUUUUAGAGAUGUGUGGUGCAUAAUAAGCUCUCUGGUAGUGUUUUUUUUUUUUUUUUUUUUUUUAAUCAAAAGAUGUGCCAUUACUAUUUUUAUUUUUCUCCCUUGUGACAGAAAUAGUCGUUUCUGUACUUGUUUUAUUUGCACUGAUCAUCAUCUGGUCCUUAAAAUAGAGCUGCCAACUGUUUCUCUUAUAAAGGCGCUGUGAUACAAAUCAAGACGACCUAUAAAAACUAGAACUCCUGUGGGUGGCCGCAUAAGGAUGUUGUUUUGGGGAAGUGAAAGAGUAUUUUCAUUUGAUUAUAAUAUGAAUCUACUACAACAUUACGCUAAAAUUAUUUCUGUUUUUAAGAAUGUGUGAAUGUCUUGAUUUAUUUUUAAUUAACAGAUGGAAGGUAUUAAUUCCUUAUUUCAUUGUUGUUUGUAUAUGUUGCAGAAAUGAGGGAUGCGUCACUCUUGGCUGAUAAAUGCUGCUGGCUUUAUAAUAUUUAGCACACCCUUACACAAGUAUCUGUGUUUUCCAUUCAUACAGUAAAUUAUAUGAUGUCUACUAAUGAUCAGCAAUAAUGCAGCGGUUUUUAACUGGUGGGUCACGGCUCAUUUGAUAAGACAAUGGUGAAAAAAAUUAGUCCUAAAUUGAAAUAAUAUAUUAAAUGAAACAUAUAAUCUUGCAUAAUUGGGAAAGCAAAAUGAAUUUGCUUGACUUUUUUAUUUUUGCAUUCCUGUAGUUUAAACAGUACAGCAUGAUGUUAGCAACGCCAUGGUCAUGGGUUCGAUUCCCAGGGAAUGCAUGAACUGGGAAUGGAGACAGUGCAAAUCACUUUGGAUUAAAGCUUCUGACAAAAGUAA